CUGGUUCUCGGAUCCCGGAGAGUUGAGCGGUCGCGGUCGGGGACUUCCACGAGAGUGGUUUCAGUCCUCUAGAGACUUCUUUCUUAGCCUUUGUAAUGACUGCUCUUUGGGAAGAUAUUUUACAUAAUGACCAGCUCAUUCAGUACGUGGCCCCAAUUGCAGUGGAUGCAGCACUACUUGAAGGCGUUCUAAUGAGGACCAAAGAUGACCCCAAUGCAUCUGAUGUUGUGAAUUAUGCUCCCUUUACACUGCUCCCAUCUGUAGUACCAAGUGGCCUCCUUGAGCAAGCCUAUUCAGUGCAGCAAGAUUUUAAUCUACUUGUGGAUGAAGUUAGCCAAAAUACAGAAUUUCUGGAGUCCACUCUUGCCAGUACUGUCAAAGUGGAUAACUUCACAGCUCAGCUUUUUAAAAUCUACAAGCAAGUACUGAAAGAAGGAGUUGCUCAGUCUGUGGUUUUAGGAAUCAAUCGCUCUGACUACAUGUUUGAUCAUGGCGCAGAUAGCACUCCAGCUCUAAAGCAAGUAGAAAUCAAUACCAUUGCUGCCAGCUUUGGAGGACUUGCAUCACGGACUGCUGCAGUACAUCGUCACGUGUUGAAUGUUUUGGGGAAGUCCAAGGAAGCUUCAAAACUACUGACCAAUAAUCCAUCCAAAGGGAUCUCCAUGGGCAUUGCAAAAGCUUGGGAACUCUAUGGUUCAGACAGGGCAGUGGUAAUGUUCUUGGUUGAAGAAACUCAGAGGAAUAUUUUUGACCAACGCUGUGUAGAAAAUGAGCUGUGGAAGAGGAAUAUCCGGGUGAUCCGGCGGAGGUUUAAAGAUGUGUUUGAAAAGGCAUCUUUGGAUAAUGACAAGAGGUUACAUAUAGAUGGGGAAGAAGUUGCAGUGGUAUACUAUAGAGAAGGUUAUGUGCCAAAGAGUUACAAUAAACAGGGUGCUCUACCACUGAGCCACAGUCCCUAUCAGAUUAUUCUGGAUGGUUCUUCUUCCUCUUGGAGCAAUUUGUAUUCCAGAAAGUUCCCCAGAACACUGGAAAGGCUAUUGCCCAAUAAACCUGAAGCAGUAGCUCGAAUGAGAGCAACAUUCACUGGCCUCUACUCUCUGGAAAUGGAUGAAGAAGGCAACAAGAUGGUUGCCAUGGCCAUAGCUGAUCCAGAGCGGUUUGUUUUAAAACCUCAGCGGGAGGGAGGAGGGAACAAUCUCUAUGGUGCUGAGCUCAAACAAGUCCUAGAAAAGAUUAAAGACAGUCCUGAGAGGACCUCUUACAUUCUCAUGGACAAGAUAAAGCCUCUUCCUGCAUUGAAUUAUUUGCUAAGAGCUCACAGUCCACUGAAAAUAUCAGAAUGUGUGUCUGAAUUGGGCAUCUUUGGUGUUUACGUCCGGCAAAAUCAGGAUCUCAUAAUGAACAAACAUGCUGGUCACCUCUUGCGAACAAAAGCUGUAGAACAUGCAGAUGGUGGAGUAGCAGCUGGAGUAGCUGUUCUAGAUACUCCCUAUGUGAUAUGAAAUUGCAAUACCUCUUCAUCACCAGCAUCCUCACUGUGCUUGAAUUGAGACCUGUUUCUUUUGAGGGCAUGAUUGCCAAAUGGUGAAUAAUCAGAUCUACGGUUAGAAGCUCUCCCUCUCUGUCUUAACCCUAAGGCAAAAAGGUACCACAGUUGAACUGAUUUUCAAGUAACCCUUUCUUCUAUAUUUGAUAGUAAUGACAUCCAUUUGAUGACCUUCGUUGAUAACUGCUUCCCGCUUGGUGUACUUCAUGGGGCCUCUAAUCUCCUUUUUUUUGGUUCUGUGAUGUUGUCACAGCUCAGGUGGGGUGUCACCUGAU